AUGAAACUCAGCGCUCUUUACACACUCUGCACACUCUGCACGCUGUGCCUGUUGGCCAGUUUGGCCCACUGUUCGGAUGAAGAGGUGUACGAAAAAGUGAAGUCCAUUGUGAACGAAGCAAACGACUGCUCGCUGGACGACGUGCAGUUCAUAGACAAGUAUAACGAAAAACUGUACUGGAAAUGGACGAGCAACUUUUUCAGGUACUUAAGAGUCAAGCUGUAUUUGUACGAAAGUGAUGAGAUUUACGAACAGGUGAAAGGGAAAAAUGGCAACGCCUUGGGGGACGAUGUGGCGGAGGCGCUGCGGGAUGAUUUCUUUAACUACAAGGAUAGAGAGGAAUUCGUACGAAUUGCAUUGAACAUCCUGUCCAAUGAAAAGUCCCUGGCAAAAACGUUAAGUGUAUAUACACCUAAGAAGGAAAUAAAAUUUUUCCAAGAAUUGUCGGAGAGGCAGCUAAUUGAUCUGCUCAUAAAUGAAAAGAAAAAUUUAAUAAACUCAUUUAAAAAAUUUAAAUUGUUUCAAGAUUUUCGAGACGUUUCAAAUUCAAAAUAUUAUUACCAAAAACGCUUUUCGCAGAGGGAUGCAGAAUUUAAAGCGGACGAUAAUGUAGGCCCCCCCCGGAAUGAACAAAUGGAAGAUGAUAAAAACCAGGGGGUAAAUCAUAAGAGAACAAAAAAUGUAUUCACAUUUAAUGCUGAGGAGAUUCCACGCAUGACGGAGAUACUGUUCGACUUUUACGAUCGGAACAAAUGGAACAAGCAUUUUUAUGCCAUCAGUGAUGAGUAG